AACAAAAUAAAAAAAAAGAAAUAUUACUAUUCGAACCAGAGGAAAGACACUCUCUUAUCUUCUUCUUCUUCGUGGAAUUCCCGCAAAAGCAAGAAAGAAGACGCUAUAGUAACCGCGGAAAGAAAGCUUUCAAAAGAAGUGUCGGCUUUGUGUUUGAGUAAAUGUCUGAAUGGCUCUGCUAAAGCCUUAUCCUCUUCAACACUCUCUUCGCCGCAUGGCUUCUCGCUUUCUUCUUCACUCUCACUACCAUACCCAUACUCUUUCCUUUUCCCCUAUCUCUCUUUCUCGCCCCUCUAUUGUCCUUAACACCAGGGUGAUUAAUAGGCUGAGGAGGCUAUCAGAUGCGAUUUUGAUUAGAAACUUGGUGUCUCCAAGAGCUUUUAUGUCAUCAAGCACUGCUACAGAGGCUUUUCAAGAAAAUACAAAGUCAAAAGCUUAUGGUUCUGAGCAAAUUCAGGUAUUGGAAGGUUUGGAUCCAGUCAGAAAAAGGCCAGGAAUGUACAUUGGAAGCACCGGACCUCGUGGUCUCCACCAUUUGGUUUACGAAAUAUUGGAUAAUGCCGUUGAUGAGGCACAAGCAGGAUUUGCAACAAAGAUAGAUGUAGUCCUUCAUGCGGAUAACUCCGUGAGCAUUGCUGACAACGGUCGAGGGAUUCCGACAGAGUUGCAUCCAGUGACAAAGAAAUCUUCUCUGGAAACAGUUUUGACGGUUUUGCAUGCAGGUGGUAAAUUUGGAGGCUCAAGUAGUGGCUAUAAUGUGUCUGGUGGAUUACAUGGUGUGGGCCUGUCAGUUGUUAAUGCAUUGUCAGAGGCCCUUGAAGUUACCAUAUGGCGUGAUGGUAAAGAAUACCAACAGAAAUAUUCACGUGGGAAGCCAGUAACAACUUUGAUAUGUCAUGACCUCCCGGUGGAAAUGAGAGAUCGACAAGGGACUGCCAUUCAGUUUUGGCCUGAUAAAGAAGUAUUCACAGCUGAAAUACAAUUUGACUAUAACACCAUAGCUGGGAGAAUUAGGGAGCUUGCUUUCCUCAAUCCCGAGCUCACAAUUGCUCUCAAGAAGGAGGACGUAGAUCCAGAGAAGAUCCAAUGCAACGAGUACUUUUAUGCUGGAGGAUUGGUUGAAUACGUGAAAUGGCUGAAUGCAGACAAAAAACCACUUCAUGAUGUGCUGGGAUUCAGAAAAGAAGCUGAUGGAAUCACGAUUGAUAUGGCUCUUCAAUGGUGCUCAGAUGCUUAUUCAGACAUGAUGCUAGGUUAUGCAAACAGCAUACGGACAAUUGAUGGUGGCACUCACAUAGAUGGUGUGAAAGCUGCCCUAACAAGAACUCUCAACAAUCUGGGGAAAAAGUUAAAGACAAUCAAGGAGAAGGACAUAAGCUUAAGUGGCGAGCAUGUAAGAGAGGGAUUAACCUGUGUUAUUUCUGUUAAAGUUACGAAUCCAGAAUUUGAAGGACAAACUAAGACUAGGUUGGGAAAUCCUGAGGUUAGAAAGGUGGUCGAUCAGUCAGUUCAAGAGUAUCUGACUGAGUAUCUGGAAUUGCAUCCAGAUGUGCUAGAUUCAAUUCUUUCCAAGUCACUAAAUGCACUAAAGGCGGCUCUUGCAGCAAAGAGGGCUCGGGAGUUGGUGAGACAGAAAAGUGUCUUAAAAUCAUCCUCUCUUCCGGGGAAGCUUGCUGAUUGUUCAGCCACAAAUCCUGAAGAAGCUGAAAUAUUCAUCGUUGAGGGUGAUUCAGCUGGUGGAAGUGCAAAACAAGGUCGUGAUCGGCGUUUUCAGGCUAUACUUCCUUUAAGAGGCAAAAUUUUGAAUAUUGAAAGAAAGGAUGAAGCAGCUAUGUAUAAAAAUGAAGAGAUUCAAAAUCUUAUUCUUGGUUUAGGACUUGGAGUUAAGGGGGAGGAUUUUAAAAAGGAAGCUCUCCGUUAUCAUAAAAUCAUAAUUUUAACAGAUGCUGAUGUCGACGGUGCUCAUAUUCGAACGUUGUUGUUAACCUUUUUCUUCAGAUAUCAGAGAGCUCUUUUUGACGAAGGUUGCAUAUAUGUUGGUGUUCCACCUCUCUACAAGGUUGAGAGGGGAAAACAAGUAUACUACUGCUAUGAUGAUGCAGAACUUAAAAAGGUCCAGCGUUCCUUCCCUUCAAAUGCAUCAUAUAACAUACAGAGAUUCAAAGGAUUGGGGGAGAUGAUGCCAGCCCAGCUAUGGGAAACAACAAUGAACCCGGAGACUAGGCUGUUAAAGCAAUUAGUGGUGGAGGACGCAGCUGAGGCAAAUGUUGUCUUCUCUUCACUUAUGGGAUCCAGGGUUGAUAUUAGGAAGCAACUUAUACAAAAUUCAGCGAGCAUGAUGAACCUUGAGCAACUGGAUAUAUGAAUGUGAUGGCAGGGCUUUUGUGGCACUUGAUUUUCCGAUUCUCCGUGGAAAGCAGACAAGGAUUUCAAUUACCAGUAUUAAGUACCUUGACAUGCAUCACAGGAUCUUGUCCUCUCUUGUUUAUUUUUUGCUUUCCAUAGUAUUCACUCUUGUCCAAUGGAAUUUAACUUAUUUAGUUAGCAAUGUAACAUAAUGGUUGAUGUAAGUAAUGAGCUCUAGGAAUUUGUCCCUUAGUCAAUGAGUUGUUGCUGGUCA